AUGCUUAUAAGCAGGAACAAGCUGAUUUUACUACUAGGAAUAGUCUUUUUCAAACAAGGUAAAUCUGCAACUCUUUUGCUCCCCAAAGCUCCCAGUUGUGGGCGGAGUCUGGUUAAGGUACAGCCUUGGAAUUAUUUUAACAUUUUCAGUCGCAUUCUUGGAGGAAGCCAAGUGGAGAAGGGUUCCUAUCCCUGGCAAGUGUCUCUAAAACAAAGACAGAAGCAUAUUUGUGGAGGAAGCAUAGUCUCGCCACAGUGGGUGAUCACGGCGGCUCACUGCGUUACAAACAGAAACAUUGUGUCAACUUUGAAUGUUACUGCUGGAGAAUAUGACUUAAGCCAGAUAGAGCCGGGAGAGCAAACUCUCACUAUUGAAACUGUCAUCAUACAUCCACAUUUCUCCACCAAGAAACCAAUGGACUAUGAUAUUGCCCUUUUAAAGAUGGCUGGAGCCUUCCAAUUUGACCAUUUUGUGGGACCCAUAUGUCUUCCAGAGCUGCGGGAGCAAUUUAAGGCUGGUUUUACUUGUACAACUGCAGGCUGGGGCCGCUUAACUGAAGAUGGCGUCCUCUCACAAGUCUUGCAGGAAGUGAAUCUGCCUAUUUUGACCUGGGAAGAGUGUGUGGCAGCUCUGUUAACACUAAAGAGGCCCAUCAGUGGGAAGACCUUUCUUUGCACAGGCUUUCCUGAUGGAGGGAGAGACGCAUGUCAGGGAGAUUCAGGAGGUUCACUCAUGUGCCGGAAUAAAAAGGGGGCCUGGACUCUGGCUGGUGUGACUUCCUGGGGUUUGGGCUGUGGUCGAGGCUGGAGAAACAACGUGAGGAAAAAUGAUCAAGGAUCCCCUGGGAUCUUCACGGACCUUAGUAAAGUGCUUCCCUGGAUCCACAAACACAUCCAAACUGGUAAUCAGAGAAAGAGCUCCAGAGCCAGGUGCAGUGAGCAGGAUGUCACAGUCAGCGGGGCUGAGGGGGAGCUGCACUUCCCAGAAAGCCUCCACCUAUAUUAUGAGAGCAAACAAUGGUGUGUCUGGACCCUGCUGGUACCAGAGAAAAUGCAUGUGUUGCUCAGUUUUUCCCACCUAGAUGUUGAGUCUUGUCACCACAAUUACUUGUCAAUGUAUUCUUUAGAAGACAGACCCAUCGGAAAAUUUUGUGCAGAAAGCCUCCCUUCAUCCAUUCUUGUUGGCUCUAAUUCUCUAAGGCUGAAAUUCGUCUCUGAUGCCACAGAUUAUGCAGCUGGGUUUAAUCUUACCUAUAAAGCUCUUAAACCAAACUACAUUCCUGAUUCAGGUUGCAGUUACUUAACUGUCCUUUUUGAAGAAGGCCUCAUACAGAGUCUAAACUAUCCUGAAAACUACAGUGACAUGGCUAACUGUGACUGGAUUUUUCAAGCUCCCAAACAUCACCUAAUUAAGCUUUCAUUUCAGAGUCUGGAAAUAGAAGAAAGUGGAGACUGCACUUCCGACUAUGUGACAGUGCACAGUGAUGUAGAAAGGAAGAAGGAAAUAGCUCGGGUGUGUGGCUAUGAUGUCCCCACCCCUGUGCUGAGCCCCUCCAGCAUCAUGCUCAUCAGCUUCCAAUCGGAUGAAAAUAGGACCUUCAGGGGCUUUCAGGCUACAGUCUCCUUCAUUCCUAAAGCAGUAUACCCAGAUUUAAACAUCUCCGUAUCAGAGGAUGAAUCAAUGUUUCUGGAGACAUGA